UGCUAAACAUUAAAUGAAGGGAUUUCCCAGAACUACAGCAGCAGGUAGAGAAACUGGGAUCAGCAGAUGGAUCGACUCGGUUUUAUACAAAUCUUAAUUAUCAAAGCACAAAAAAAUCAAUAUUUUCUCUGUUCUCUUCACAUAAGUGGCUUUAAAGCGUAUUAACUGCAGUGUUUUUAGACUGAAACUAUCCGUUUUAGCAAUCAUGUCCCAGUUAUUGGUAUAUUCUUUAUUCAUCCUAGACAUGAUUCCAGAAAAUGCUUUAGAGGAGAUGACGAAGAACAUGGACCCAAACCUGGUGAUCGUUGAGGCCAAGGAGGGAGUUCAGAUGAAGCUCUCUCAGUUUCCUGCCCUCGAGCUGGACAAGUUUCUGGAAGACGUGAGGAACGGGAUCUAUCCUCUGACUGCUUUUGGGAUUUCCCGUCCACAGCAGCCUCAGCAGGAAGCUGUGAAGCUGCCCGUCGUCCCCCCCUCCGUCAAAACGCCAACACCUGAACCUGCGGAGCUCGAGACCAGGAAGGUCCUUCAGAUGCAGUGUAACAUCGAGCCCGUUGACGAGGGAACAAAACACCACCUGACGUUGUUGUUGAAGCUGGAGGAUAAACUGAACAGACACCUGAGCUGUGAUUUGUUACCAAAUGAGAACGUUCAGGCUCUGGCUGUGGAGCUCGUUCAGCUGGGAUUCAUCAGCGAGGGCGAUCAGCCGCGACUCGCAUCCGUUCUCGAAGAGGCCUUCUCCAAGUUCUACAGCCGGAACGGAUCUCUGAACCCGGUGACGGUCUCCUCGUAGUGGAGGACUCUCUCAGCACUCCUCAUCCUCCACAGCGGGACUAGUUUGUUUUUUCUUUUGCUCCACGUCUUGAGUCGCAGGAAAGCUUCACGAGGACAGAGGAGGAAGCCUCGGUCUGAUCGCAGAUCCUGUCGCUUCUUCUCGUAUCUUCUGGUGGGAAAAGUUGCCACUAAGUGGUUGCUGCUCCGCCGCUCAUCCAACACAGCCAUCUGCUUUUCUUUUAAGAGGGAAUUCUAGUAGAAACUUAAUGAAAAACACACAAGUUUUGCCUAUUUUCUUAUUUCUGUCGCUUCUUAAGUGGUGAAGAAGUGAGCAAAAAGCAGAAAACUCAAGUGUUUUCUUUAAGACAGUGUUAAAAUUGUAUUUUAAAACAUUUUUACUUGUUUGAUAGUUUGGUCUGUUUGUCGUCCCGACGUAAUGAAGUGUGCUGCGUUACGGCGGCGUGAGGUCUCCGGUUUUCAGAAGCCUUCUUGAAAAGCAUUAAACUAGCGAGGAAAUGGA